AUGAUCGAAGAAAAAGUUCCCGAGACAGCCAUGGCCUCCUCGCCAUUGACGCCCGAUGGUCUGCAGUCGAACGGCCGUGAAGUCGUGGAGGCAGCCCUUCCGGAGGAAUUGAAAGAGUUGGAGAGGAGACUUCGCUGGAAAGUGGACUGGCGCCUCUGCACCAUUGCCGGCAUUCUCUGCAGUCUCAAUCUGCUCGACUCCGGCAUCCUCUCGUCGGCCUCGGUGACUAGUAUGCUCAGCGAUCUUGACCUUGAAGGUACUCGAUAUUCGGUAUCGAUAUUCAUCUUUACCAUAGCCUCCGUGGUCUUUCAACUCCCCUGCACAAUUGCGGUGCGCUGGGUUGGUCCGCGGAUCUGGUUUGCAUCUAUCACAUUCUGUUUCGGCCUGCUUACUUUAUGCACGGCAUUUGUUCAAACGUGGAAACAGCUUAUUGCUCUUCGUGUGCUUCUAGGCAUGGCUAUGUCCGGUAUUUACCCAGGGUUGACAUACCUCAUCAGCACCUGGUACACCCGGCGGGAACAACAGCUCCGAUUCGCAUUUCUCCAAUCGGGAGAGGUCACCGUGAUGGCGACAGGCACGAUCGUCAAUUACGGCCUGAAUCACUUGGAUGGACGGGCGGGGUUAAGCGGCUGGCGCUGGAUGUUCCUUGUCCAAGGACUUAUCACCUGCGUCAUUGGUAUCGUCACGUAUUGGUGGAUGGUCGAUUUCCCCGAAUCAGCACACCGAAGCUUCUACUUCCUAUCGGAGGCGGAGGCACAGUUAGCUGUACAGCGUAUCCAGACCGAUCGUGAUGAUGUGGUGCCCGAGCCUUUUUCAUGGAGCAAAAUCGCCAUGAACUUUUCGGACCCGAAGCUAUACGGAUUUGCAUGCAUGUUUUUCAUUCUCAAUUUGGUUUCCACCGCAUUGUCCUAUUUUCUCCCGAUCAUUCUGCAAUCGGGAAUGGGGUUUUCUAGCAACGCAGCUAUUAUCCUUUCCACUCCACCAUACUAUUGGUCGGUUGUACCUGUUCUUUUCACUUCUCUUGUUGGAGACACGUAUCGGCUACGCGGGCCACUGAUCACGUUCAACGCCCUCUGUCUCAUAGCGGGCUUCUUGAUGUUCGGCCUCCCUUCCUCCACUCAAGUUACUGUGCGGUAUAUCGGGACAUUCUUGGCCACUGGGGCAUACGUCUCCAAUUGGGCGGCACUGAACGCGUUUAUGGCAAACAAUAUAGUGGGGCAGUGGAAGCGCGCCACCACCGCGGCUGCAGUAUCUGCUUGUAACGGGCUGGGAGGAGUGGCGGGUAGCUACAUUGUCCGGCAGCAGGAGGCCCCGCAGUAUCAGACUGCUGUGUGGGUAUCGGUGGGGUCCCAUAUUCUCAUGAUUGCCAUUGUGGGUGUAUUUACCCUCGCCUUUUACAUUUGCAACCGUCAGCAGAAGAGGGGGCAACUAGUCAUCCAGAACAGAAUUUCUAAGCUGACCUUUUUGACGUCGGUAUUAUUGUACGUCCCCACUCACCAUGACACGAAUAUAGAAUCUGCGCCUAGAAUGGAUUGA